AUGAAACUUCAACACAAAAAUCUUGUCAGGCUUCUGGGUUUUUGUGUAGAAGGAGAGGAAAAGCUACUUGUUUAUGAAUUAAUGCCCAAUAGCAGCCUAGAUGUCAUUCUCUUUGAUCCAAGGAAACGUGAACAACUCAAUUGGAGGAGACGUCUUAAUAUUAUAAUUGGAAUUGCACGUGGAAUCCUUUAUCUUCACGAGGAUUCUAGACUUAGAAUUAUUCAUAGAGACCUAAAAGCAAGCAAUGUGUUGUUGGACUAUGACAUGAACCCUAAGAUCUCAGACUUUGGAAUGGCAAGGAUCUUUGUAGGAAGUGAAGGUGAAGCUAAUACAGCUACAAUAGUUGGGACAUAUGGAUACAUGGCUCCGGAAUAUGCUAUGGAAGGAUUAUAUUCUAUUAAGUCUGAUGUAUUUAGUUUUGGAGUACUCUUGCUUGAGAUCAUAACUGGGAAAAGAAAUGCUGGCUUCCAUCAAUCAAAACGUGCUCCCAGCCUCCUAGAAUAUGCAUGGAAACUAUGGAAUGAAGGAAAGGCAUUGGAGCUAAUGGAUCCUUUACUGAUUGACUCAUUCAAUCGAGGUGAAUUUCUAAGAUACGUACAUAUUGGACUAUUGUGUGUUCAAGAAGAUGCGUGUGAUAGGCCAACAAUGUCAGCUGUGGUUGGAAUGUUGAGAAGUGAAACUGUCACUCUUAGCCAACCUGAACGACCUGCCUUUUCUAUGGGGAGAUUCACUGAUAAUGGCGCACCAGGUCCCGAAUGUCGCUCUGUCUACGGCUUAUCAAUUUCCAAUAUUGAGCCACGGUGA